UCACUUUACCAUUCAGCAGUUCCGCUGCAAAGUUUGCUCUCUCUUUCUGAGCGGUGAACUCCGAAGCUUUUUUUCACUGUAUUUUCUCUCUAGCCAAACACUGCCGAUUCUUGAUUUUCCAACUAACCAGACGCGGAGGGUUCUCCAUUUUCUUUGUCUCCAAACGCAGGAGUUUCUUCUACAUUUUUAACUAGACCAGGACCACGGAUUCUCCAUUUCGCAUAUAUUCGAAUGUGGAUUUUUCUCCGCGUCUUCAGCCAUUUCUCUCUCCAUCUCUGGAUUUUGAUGAGUUAGAUUUUUGUUGUGUUCGUCUCUUUGAAUCGCUCGAUUCUUAGGGUUUUGUUGGAGAGGGAAAUGAGGGAUGUUUUCGUGGUUGGCAAGGCUUGCAUUGGCGUGUUGGGGACCUUUGGCCCGUCGAUAUGCCCCUAUGAGCAAGGAUGAUGAUAAUUCUGGAAGCGGUGCCAACGACGCGCUCAUCUGGUGCCGGGACCUCGAGAAGCACUCAUUCGGCGAGUUCUCGUUCGCCGUCGUGCAGGCCAAUGAGGUUAUCGAAGACCACAGCCAGGUCGAAACGGGCCGCGAUGCCACGUUCGUCGGGGUCUACGACGGCCACGGUGGUCCUGAAGCCUCUCGUUUCAUCUCCGAUCAUCUUUUUCUUCAUCUAAUGAGGCUUGCUCGAGAAAAUGGAACAAUGUCUGAGGAUAUCCUCAGAAGUGCUUUUUCUGCGACUGAGGAUGGUUUUCUUACUCUUGUGCGUAGGACAUGUGGAAUAAAACCAGUAAUUGCAGCAAUUGGGUCUUGUUGUCUGGUUGGAGUUAUCUGGAGAGGAACAUUAUAUGUUGCUAACUUGGGUGAUUCUCGGGCCGUAAUAGGUUGCUUAGGUAGAUCAAAUAAAAUCAUUGCUGAGCAGUUGUCCAGGGAACACAAUGCAAGUAUGGAGGAGGUCAGACAAGAACUCAGGUCCUUGCAUCCAGAUGAUUCACAUAUUGUAGUUAUGAAGCAUGGGGUCUGGCGUAUCAAAGGCAUAAUUCAGGUAUCGAGAUCUAUAGGUGAUGCAUACUUGAAGAGGCCGGAGUUCUCUCUUGAUCCAUCUUUCCCACGAUUCCACCUUCCUGAACCCAUUCGUCGGCCUGUGCUAACAGCAGAACCAUCCAUAUGUACAAGAGUAUUGCAACCCAAUGAUAAAUUUCUCAUAUUUGCCUCUGAUGGGCUCUGGGAACACUUGACAAAUCAGCAAGCAGUUGAGAUUGUGCAUAAUAACCCUCGUGCAGGCAUUGCGAGGAGACUUCUUACAACGGCUUUAAACGAGGCAGCUAGGAAGAGAGAGAUGAGAUACGAUGAUCUUAAGAAGGUUGGAAAGGGAGUCAGGCGGUUCUUUCAUGAUGAUAUUACAGUUGUUGUAAUCUAUUUAGACCAUGAGGUGCUGAGGAAAAAUUUUUCUGUACCGGAGCUGUCAGUUCGAGGAUUCAUCGACACCGUUGGGCCAUCGAAUUUUAAUACCCUGCAAGGGAUUGAUUCGAAGACAAUGUCAUGAAUUGACCAAUAAGCUUAUAGAAGAAGACCAGGCUUAAAGCACAUGUAGGUCCAAAACCUUAUCAUCCCAUCAUCUUGAGGAAGCCUGGAUAAUAAUGAACUGAAACCGGCUGCAUCUUCAUCAUCAUAUCUUAUUCUUGAAGAAUGAUUUUCUUCAGUUUGUACAACUGCAGAUCUACAAGUGCCCACAGUUCACUCAGUUAAUCAUUCUGGCAUGAUUGAGUUGUUGCUUCGCUUGUUGGCUACUCGGAGUUUGCUUCCGUGAUUCAGAAGAAAGCAAAGGAAAUUCAUGACGUUCAUGUGAAGGGUGGAGCUGAUUCUCCAGUGUAGAGAUUGCAUAUGGAUGAUUCUAACCGCUUCCAACACAUGGAAAUGGGUUUUUUUCCCCCCCUUUUAUCAUUGUUAUUGUUUAUUCUUUCACUUCAGUUGGAUCUCUGCACCCUCCAUUAAUGUCAAAUCCUCUUGUUGGUUA